GCGCCCAUCUCCAGCGAACGCGCCGGAGACGAAAUUUAUAGUCUCUACAAAAAAAAAACAGUGGUUUUUCUUCGUCGCGCCUCAAUUGCUAAUCAUUUGCCCGAAAAUGCAUUUCAACAGCAAAAAACUUUCGUGAAAAGCUAAAAAAAUACAAAAAAAUAUAUAUAUUUGAAACGUACAAUGUGAAAAUGUGUAAUGUGAAAUUUAGCAGUUAAGCGCGGAUUGUAUGUAUUAUUUAAAUUUGUGUUUCAAUAUUUUCUACAAAAUAAUUAAAAAGAACUGAAAAAAAUCGCAAAAAAAAAAAAGAAAACGAAAAAAGAAGCAAACACAAGAAAAAGUUUUUUUACUCAGUGCAUAUUAUAACGAAAACAAAAACAAAGCGUAACGAAAGAGAAGGAAAGAGGAAGAGGCGAAGGCGGGAGCGAGAGAGAAAAAUGUCAACGUUCUUGAACAAUUUCUUCCCGGCAGAUACGGCUGCUAUGGAUCCAAUUUUCUUCUCGCCAUCGAAUGGUAUACCGUCAGAGAGUAAACUCGCAACUUAUAUGAAUCGACAGAAUGUCGCCACACCGAGCGGUUAUGGGCUGAAUAACGGGUUCUCACUACUUAAUUUGGAUUCGCCCCUAAAUAAAAAGUCCCAGGUCACGCCGCAGUCGCCCGAGUUCAUUCCAACGCGCAUAAGCUCGACCCCCAACUUCUACGCACCAUAUCAGCAAGCGCCCAUGCAAUUGAGUAAUGGGCUCAACGGCGUCAAUGGGUUAACAGCCGCCGCAGCAGCAGCAGCCGCCGCAGCAGCCGCCGCCGCCGCAGUUCACUCCUCCACGUCAUCGGUGUCCUCCGCCUCGGUGACCAUCAGCAAAACAGCCAACAGCGGCGCCUCCAUGCUCGCCCUGCAAAAGUCCGCUUCAAUCGCCACUGUCACCAUCGCACAACAGCAACAGCAACAGCAUCCCCAGAAACAGCAACAGCAUCCGCCGCCAGUGGGCGGUGGAGCGGUGUCCGCCACCUCUGCCCCCAUUGCUAUCAGUGGUGCACCACCGAAUCCCGCCGCCGCUCCAUUCGUCAGCAACAUGUCCGCCCAGACGCCGCUCAAGGGACGAAGCGCCAUGCUGCGCCAGGAAUCGCCCACGACAGCAAUGCUCUCGGGCGGAGGACCCGGUGAGAAGUCGCCACCGCACGGAAUGACGCCACACGGAGCCUCACCCAUACCCACAUCGCUGCCAACCAGCGUCCAUCAGGAGAACGUCGGCGGCACCAUCUACUUUUAUCCAACUGCCAACGCACCGAACAACCAGCCGGUUGUUAAUUCCGUGGUGGUGGACACAACGCAUCCGGCUCACCAUGGCGUCAGUGCUGUGGCACCGAUGAGCGCGGGAGUUCCGCCGACCAUGAUGUACACGGGGCAUGUGUAUCCGGGGCCGUCCUCCAACGUGAUCACCCUGCAGCCGAAGACGCUGUUGGAGUCGGCCUUCUUUAUGCCCGACGAGAUGCGCUCCGAAAUCCUUGCCCGCAACGAGAUCUCCAACCUGAUCAUGGACGCAGCGGAGGCUGCGCAGCACGCCCUGCCUAUGGAGGUGGACAACUACCAUGCGCUGUAUCCGCUGGAGCCGCCGGCGCAGCCGAUGCACGCCAAGCUCACGCUCCCCGCCAGCACUUAUAGGGCCACGCACAACACGACGGGUUACAAGUACUGUCUGCGAAGGUUACAUGGGUUCCGCCUGCAGUCGACCAAGUGCAUGACGCUGGUGGAGAUGUGGAAGAAGCUGCAGCACACGAAUGUGGUACAAUUGCGUGAGGUGUUCACGACGAAAGCAUUUGGUGAUAACUCUUUAGUAUUAGUGUACGACUAUUAUCCCGGCUCACAAACAUUACUGGCCAAAUACUUCACACCGGCGCCAGAGACCAACGGGUACACUGAUCCAUUCCAAGGCGAGGCCCGCCCCUUCAGUCAUAAGAGUAACAUGCAGCGAACGAGCAAUGGACCACUGCUGCCGGAGGCCACCAUCUGGUCGAUCAUCAUGCAGCUGACCGCCGGCCUAAAGGCCAUCCACCAUGCCGGUCUUGCCUGCAAGGUUCUGGAUCCCACAAAGAUCAUAGUGACGGGCAAGCGGGUACGGUUUAGCUCCUGCUGCAUCUCGGACAUAACGCAAUUCGAUCCGAAUGCGGCCAAUCCCUUGGCCCUGGUUAACAUGCAUCAGCAGGACGAUCUGACCGCUCUGGGUCGCUUAGUAUUAGCUUUGGCCUGUCGCUGCCUUCAAUCCGUGCAACGCGACAACGUCCAGUCGAGCAUCGAUAUGGUCACGCGAAACUACUCCACCGAUCUGCGAAACUUCAUAGUUUACCUCUUCACCACGAACAACCGUCGCUCGGUGACCGAUCUGAUGCCCAUGAUUGGUGCCCGCUUCUAUACGCAACUGGAUGCCCUGCAGAGCCAAAUCGAUAUGCAGGAAGACGAGCUGGCCAAGGAGAUGGAGAACGGCCGGCUGUACCGCAUUUUGGUCAAACUAAACAGCAUCAACGAGCGACCCGACUUCAAUCUGGACUGCACUUGGUCCGAGACUGGUGAUAGAUACAUGUUGAAAUUAUUCCGUGAUUAUUUGUUCCAUUCCGUCACUGAGGAUGGCCGGCCCUGGCUAGAUCACGCACACAUUGUACAAUGCCUCAACAAGCUGGAUGCUGGCUCCAUAGAGCGCGUUCAACUGAUGUCCCGCGACGAGCAAUCGGUGCUCAUCGUCUCCUAUGCUGAACUCAAGAAUUGUCUGGAGAACGCCUUCUCCGAACUGAUGUCAAGUGCGGCCAACUGAGCACCUCGAGGGUAAACAAACCGGAAACAGGAAGCAGCAAACGGGAGGCAGGAAACUGAUUCCGAUAACUGAUUCUGGAAACACGCGCAGCUCACUUAGCCACCCUCCGCACGACCACAAAGCGACUACGAUUAAACGGAUUAGCCACUAAGCGAAACAUUCAUUACGACUAAGACAUUUUGAGAACCAUAAACAAGUAAAAUACGAAGAUGUUUAUUGUUAAGCCAAACCGAAAAAGAAACGUAAAACAAACAAAAAACGAAAAACAAAAAAAAGAUGAAAACCGAUAUCCAAUGUUAUGUUAGCUCUUAACUAAAUUUUAGGCAUUUAAAACAAUACAAAAAGAAACAACCACAACCACAAAAAUAAAACCAACAACAAAAACUUUUUGAAAACGAAAUCUCUCCAAAAGAAAAAGCAAAAAUACAAAAAAAUGCAAACAAUACAAACAAAAAAAAAAACUUAAAAGCAAAAAAAUUUGAAAAAUUUGUUAAAAAAUGCAAAAAAUACAUAAAAAGGGAAAAAGAAAUCACGCGAAAGAGCCGAGAAAACAUGGAUCUAUUUUUACAGAGCUAAGAGAGGAUGAAAGUAUUUAUAAAUAUGUAUUAAAAAAUCGAAAGAAAAAAAUUGUAAAAUUUUGCAAAACAAUAAAUAACUGUAAUGACAAACAAUUGCAACAGUGCAGCAAAAUCGUUGAGCAACAACAAAAAAAUAUAAACACAAUGCAGAGUAGACGGAUAAGGAUUAUGAGAAACGUAGAGAUCGUAAGAAAGUGAACAAGGAACCACAUCAAAUGUUUAUAAAGCAUGUCUGACAAUGAUCGCCUGCCUCUUCUCCCCUACAGUAAACUAAAAAAAAACAAAAAAACAUGGCAAAGUUAAAAAACCGAAAAGAAAUGGAACAGAAUGCAAAGUGAGAGGCGCAGACGAGCAAGAACGACAACCGAGAAACGUUUUUUAUUUUUCAAACUGUGUAUUUUUUAUAGCAAAAUAUUUUAAAAAUGAAAAAAAAACACAAAUUUUCUAAAUACAAUUUAAAAAGUUUACAAGAAACAAAAACGAAAUGUAUUGAGAAGAGAAACACUAUGUAUUUGUAAAGAAAAUGUAAAUGUUGGUUCAUGGAACAUGCAAAGCGACGCACAGCGCGACUCUAGAAAGUAGCUCAACGAGAUACUCAAAUCUAACUGAAAACUGAAACUGAAAACUCUAAAAACUGUAAACCGAAACGAAAAAGGAACCGAAACCGCAACAACUAAAAUCUAAACGAAACGAAAUUGUGUAGGCCAAUAGCGUGAUAUGUACAUACAUCCAUUUUGAAAGAGUCUGCGACACGCAAUAUCUACAUUCGAACUGUUUGUGUUGGUCCAUAUUUAAAUACGCUCUCAUAUGGCGAUCAAUGAUCUAAAUGCAUAUAUGUGGAUUGCCACGCACGCGCUGAACAUCCGAGUACAAUAUUUUGCUAAUGAAAGUCUGUCUCUAGUUGUAAAACUCCUGCCCGCUAUAUUCCAUACCCACUCCAAAAGUCGCGUUGCGCCUGCGCGGCCGCAUAUCACCCAACCGAAAGUCGCAAGCCGAUCGAAAUCGGGCCUGAACGAGAGAUCGAGGUGUACUAAAAGGCUUCAACUACUCCGCACCACCACCAAAUCACAUGAAAUGGGAAAGCAAGGAACUUUUAAAUACAUAUUAAGUACAAUUUGAUUUCGAGACUCUUGAAAACUGCAUAAUGAUAUCAUUUUUUUGUUGCAACGAAUGAACGAUGAGCGAAAGUAACAAAUCUAAAGGAUCCAAUUUUACAGAGUCCACUCAUAAUUCCUCUAAGCAAAAGUUUCCAAUUUUGGCAAUUCUAUCCUAAGUGUUAUAUACAAAAAGUGAAAAAAAAAAAUAUUCAAAUCAGUAGACGCUGUGGUUCGUUUACCAGUUUAGUGUGAUUUAUACUAAUUUUGUACUUGUUAACAA